UCUUUUUUGUUUUUUUUUUGAAAAGUCUCACAUUCCCUCUAGUGCAAGGAAAUUUCCAGAUGGCUACCAUUUUCAUGGACCUGGUGACUUGAGGAUGUGCAUUCACAUUAAUCCGCAGCAUCCACUAACACUCGUUAUUAGUAUAGCAGACACAGGUGUAAGGUUAGAGAGGAAACAAAAAGGAAAAGGGAGAGAGUAAAACCUCGGAAUUAAGAUGAGUGCAGGAGUUUACAAAUUCUGGAAUUGUAUACUAUCUUUGUCCCUCAUCUGCCUGACUCAAAUCAUCCCAACUUCUACUGCUACCGUACAGGGAAACGAAACAGAUCAACUCGCAUUGUUGGCCUUCAAAGAAAAAAUCAUACAUGAUCCUCAAGGAGCUUUUAGCUCAUGGAAUAUGACUCUCAACUUCUGCAGCUGGGCAGGCAUCACAUGCAGCGAACAGCACAAAAGAGUCACCAGCAUAAACCUUGCAUCUAAAGGUUUUGUGGGCUCUUUGCCACGUGAUAUAGGAAACAUGAGUUUCCUGACUGAAAUUGUUCUUACCAACAACAGUCUUCAAGGCACAAUUCCUCAAGAAGUAGACCGUCUUUUCAGGCUUCAAGUUCUAAGCUUAGGACAAAAUGCUUUGGAAGGGAAAAUACCAGAUACCUUGGGACGAGUUGACAGGUUAGUCAUUCUCGAACUUUUUUCCAAUAACCUAUCUGGUAUGAUCCCGAAUUCUGUUUUCAAUCUCUCAUCACUGAAUGUCUUUAAUUUGGCCAAUAAUGAACUUCAAGGAAGUAUACCAACUGACUUUGGAUUGACCCAUCACAAUCUAGAAAAGAUUCAGUUAUCUGAUAACAGAUUAAGUGGAACCAUCCCCAUCUCACUUUCUAAUGCUUCAAAACUUCAAGUUAUUGACUUGCAGUUCAACAGUUUUAUCGGUCCCAUACCUGCAGAUUUUGGAUGGUUACUGUUUCUUCAGAAAUUAGUUCUGACAAAUAAUAACCUAGGAUUUGGGGGAAAGGGUGACUUGAGUUUCCUCGAAUCGUUGAUCAAUUGUAGCAGCUUAGAGAUACUGAAUGUAGGGGCCAAUAAUUUACAUGGAUCAUUACCCCCUCGUACAGCUAAUCUAUCAACUGAGCUCACAAUGAUAAGCUUAGCAGAUAAUUGGAUCUCCGGAAGCAUCCCUCCCGGAAUAUCUAAAUUUAUCAACUUGAUCUUCAUAUCUUUACAAGGGAACAACUUCACGGGCAUUAUUCCCCCUGAAAUCACCAAACUUGGAAAGUUGCAACGUGUUAUUCUUUCUAACAACAGAUUUUCGGGGAACAUUCCGACCUCCAUAGGGAACCUAUCUAUGUUGGACGAGAUACGUUUAGAAAAUAAUGAUUUGAACGGAACCAUUCCUCCUAGUUUUGGAAAUUGUCCAAUGUUGGUCCUCUUGGAUUUGUCUCAAAAUAACCUCAGUGGGACUAUACCCAACGAAUUUUUUCAUGUUUCUCCUUUUUCAGUCAAAUUAAAUCUUUCCCGAAACCAUUUGGUUGGAUCUCUAUCACCAGGUAUUGGUACUUUAAAAACCUUAAUCGAAUUGGAUAUCUCAGAAAAUGAGUUUUCUGGUUUGAUUUCCGCACAGCUGGGUGCCUGCAUUGCCCUCAAUUCACUAUACAUUCAAGGCAACUUCUUCCAGGGUUACAUCCCCCAGUCAAUGAGAAAUUUAAGAAGUUUGCAAAAUAUUGAUCUUUCUCGUAAUAACUUAUCUGGGAAAAUCCCGGAUUUCUUUGCAACCCUAUCCUUAAUAUAUUUGAAUCUGAGUUGGAAUAAUCUUGAAGGUGAGGUACCUACAAAGGGAGUAUUCGCCAAUGCCAUUGAAUUCUCAAUAGCAGGUAACACAGGGCUUUGUGGAGGCAUACCUGGACUACAGCUACCAAGAUGCAGUAGUGAUAGAUCAAAUAAACACAAAGUGUCUUCAGAUCAGCUUUUCUUCUUAAUAGGUUAUAUACUAGGGCUUCUUACUUUCUGCUGGAUAAUAAAAUCUUCAGAUCAGUUUCUCUUCUCAAGAGUUCAUAUAUGGAGGCUUCUUGCUUUCAGCUGGAUAAAAAGGAAAAUAAAAAUGUCUCGCCCAACUAGGCAGGUACUAUCACCAUUCAUCAGAGUGCCAUACCAACAACUGCAUCAAGCAACUAAUGGGUUCUCACCAACCAACUUGGUCAGCAAGGAUUGUUUUGGGUCAGUGUACAAAGGAGAGAUUGGUUCAGAAUACCAAGAAAAAUCUCUGGCAAUCAAAGUAUUUAACGAAGAAUCAUCCAAAGCUUUCAACACUGAGUGCAAAGUCCUGCUAUAUAUGAUCCAAAGAAACAUUGUUACUAUUAGAAGUACAUGCUUGAGUACCGUAAAAAACCGUGAAUUUAGAGCUAUUGUUUACAAUUUAAAGGAGCAUGGGAGGUUAGAGAGUUGGCUGCAUCCAACAAAUAUGACAUUCAGUGAUGCACACAAUGUACCUCGGACACUAAACCUUGGUACCAAAAUAAACAUCGCGAUUGAUGUGGCUACUGCACUUGAUUAUCUUCAUUAUCAACAUUAUCAUCCCAUGGUACAUUGUAAUCUAAAACCAAGCAAUAUAUGGCUAGAUACAAACAUGAGCGCUCAUUUGUCAAAUUUUGGACUGGCAAAGCUUAUUACUGAAAUCGACAGUACAACGCACAGCAGUUUAGUUGCAGUAGCAGGAACCUGUGGAUAUAUGCCUCCAGAGUAUUAUCGGGGCAGCAGGGUGUCAACUAAGGGGGAUGUCUACAGCUACGGAAUAAUAUUGCUGGAGAUGCUGACGGGAAAGAAGGCCACUGACUUAAUGUUUGAUGAAGGCUUCAAGCUUCAGAAUUUUGUUUCCAACGCCUUGCCCUACAGCGUAAGGAAUAUUAUUGAUCCAGUUAAUUUACAUGAACUAGAUACAGGUAAUGCAGCUGAAACAGAGAUCUGCCUGAGCAUGCUUUUUGACAUUGGUGUGAAAUGUGCCAUGGAGGUGCCACAGUUUCGGCCGUGUAUUGAUGAUACCUUAAGCAUGCUGGAAAAGGUUAGGAGCAAGUACAUGGAUCCAAAAUUAGUCACACUGUCAUACAUGGAUCUCCGUCAAGCAACUAAUGGAUUCUCCUCAACCAACUUAGUUGGAGCAGGUGCUUUUGGCUCUGUUUAUAAAGGAAGAUUCAUCUCAGGGAAAAGUGGAAUAGAAAACGGAACAGAGACAGCUGUGGCAAUCAAAGUAUUUAACCUUGAGCGUAGAGGUGCAGUGAGAAGCUUCAACACCGAGUAUCGAAUCUUAAGAGACAUUCAGCACCCAAACCUUGUAAAGAUGAUAACUGCAUGCACAAGUGUAGAUCAGGAGGGUCAUGAUUUUCGAGCUAUUCUUUACGAGUUCAUGGAUUGUGGGAGUUUAGAUAUGUCUCUGUGUCCAACAAACAAAAAAUUUUGUGAUGGACCCAUCAAACCUCAUAUACUUAGCCUUCAGACCAGAAUAAAUAUAGCAACUGAUGUGGCCUCUGCACUCAAUUAUCUCCAUCAACAAAUAUGUUGCAUAGUUCAUUGUGAUUUAAAACCAGGCAACAUCUUACUAGACAAAAAUCGAGUUGCAUGUAUUGCAGAUUUUGGAUUGGCUACUUCUCUUCCUGAAUCCCCAAACUUCAACCAAGGCAGUAGCUCAACUGGAAUUCGAGGAACCCCCGGAUAUAUAGCUCCAGAGUAUGGUAUAGGAUGCCAGAUGACAACCAAGGGAGACACAUACAGCUUUGGGAUCCUAUUACUGGAGAUGCUGACAGGUAAAAAGCCUACUCAUCAUAUGUUCCGGGAUGGUCUUAACCUUCACAGCUUUGUCUCGCUGGCAUUGCCUAACGAUGUGAUCAACAUUAGUGACCCACUCAUGAAGCUAACGACAUCUGCAAGUAUAGGAGAUGACAAACGAGUAGAGUAUUGCCUGACUAAAUUGUACAUAAUUGGUUUGGCGUGCUCCAAGACAUCACCAAAGGAUCGACCAGACAUGCGUAAAUUAUUAAGGGAGCUGGAAUCCAUUAAGAACAGCUUUGGGAUCCUAUUACGGAGAUACGAACUUUAGUCCCUCAUUGAUGAUUACUGUUCUAUGCUUUCAUAAGAAAACUAAUCGUCUUUUUUUCACCAAGAUAUCUUGUUUCUAUUGUAUUUUAUUGCUAAUGUAUAUGUUUGCGGAGAUAUUUCUGUCAUGAUGAUAAAUAAUGAUGAUAUAAUAAUGUAUC